AUGUCCACAGACGAAAACGCCAGCCAGCUGGCUCUCGACGAUGGUCCUCUGUCCUUCAACGACGUCUUCACCACCACCGCCGCCACCCCCGAACAACCCCUCAUCGCCUCCGACAUCACCAAGUCCCUCUUCGACUCCAACGGCGUCUGGGACUUUCAAGGCACCUCCAGUCUGGAAUCCUAUAACCUGACCACCCCCAGCAACUCCGCUUCUCAGCCCGACUUCAUGCCCCAGCCCUGGUCCUUCCAAGCCUUCGAAAACCAACCACAGACAUCAUCUGCUUCGUCACAGUCGGCCCUCUCGGCUGGCGUUAACCCCAUCAACCUCUUCUCUAACAGCUCAGAUCCCAACGGCUUCACUCCCGCCGCGGCUAGCGAAGACGGCAGGGCUUCCAACGCCAGCUCCCGCCAACCCGUCGCCCAGCCGCCUCGCUUUUCCACCUCUCUGGCCCCGGCCGUCGAGGAGAAGCUUCGAAAUAUCGCCAUGCCGGGCGGUCUACCCCGCCAAAUCCUUCACAUGUCCAGCCCGGAUUCCUCCAAGAGCGAAACCAAGGCUGGCAUCAUCUCCUCCCCCGAAGAUGCCUCCGAAGCGAGACAACACGAGUCGAGGAAGCGUAAGGUAUCUUCAGAGCCGGAAGAAGACGAUGAUGCCGAAGACGAGGACAAGCCUGUCAAGAAGACCGCACACAACAUGAUUGAGAAGCGCUACAGAACAAACAUCAACGACAAGAUUGCCGCCCUAAGAGACAGCGUCCCCAGUCUACGCAUCAUGUCCAAGAGCGCCCGCGGCGAAGAUACCACCCAGGAUCGUGAAGAACUUCACGGCCUCACCCCCGCACACAAAUUAAACAAGGCUACCGUCCUAAGCAAAGCUACCGAAUAUAUCCGCCAUCUCGAAAAGCGAAACACUAGGCUGUUGGAAGAGAACAACGCCAUGCAGGCUAGGAUAGCUGCCUUUGAGAAGCUCUUCAUGGCUGGUGCCAUGAAUGGCUCCAUCAGCUCUCAUCACCCACCCCCACAGAUGCCCUUCCCGCAGGAAGGCCAGUCAAACUUCCUGCAGAGUCCAAUUCCCCAACAAGAAAACGGCGAGACGCCUGCUGGCAUGAUCCAGGUCCCUGACGACAUGAGGCGCAUUCUUGCUGCCCAAAUGGCUGCUGGACAGCCUUACCCAGUACCGCAGCAGCAAGCCUUCCAGGGAGCCAACCCCGCCAUUGUUCGCCAACAGCAGAUUCAGCAACAGCAGGUCCAGCAGCAGCAAGGUGCUUGGUCCAAUGCCAGCCCCUAUUUUGGCAAGCUCAUGGUUGGUUCCCUCGCCGGCCUCAUGAUUAUCGAAGCUUUCCGCGAGGACGAAGUCAGCAACGAAACCCCAGAAGGUCGCGGCCUAGCUGCCAUUCCCGUGCAGCUGCUCCGCACUGCUGCCAAGGGCCUCGAUUUCAAUUACCACGGAUACCACGUUCACACCUCUAUUCAAUCCCUCCUAUUCCUCGGCGUCUUCCUCUGGAUCUUUGUGCCUUCGCUCUUCCAAUCUUCCGACAGCAACCCCAAGAAGCGCGGCGCUGGUCAACUGCGUGCCGCUCCCUCCAUGGCAGCCCCGAUACACGUUCGACGACAGGCAUGGGCCACGGCCAUUCAGACCGUCUGGGUGCCUCGCCACAACUUCUUCCUCGAGGUUGCUGCGCUGCUACUUAAGAUGGCCAAGCUCAGUUUACGCAACGCCAUUGGCUGGAAUGGCUACCAAAUGCUAACCGGCACAACUCAAGAAGAGGAAACGGCCCGCAUUAAGGCCUGGUCCAUUGCACUCGACUCACAACUUGCUGGAGGCGAUUCUGAGGUCUGCACCCGCCGCCUACUGUUGACUCUCAUGGCUUCAGACACGCUUCCCGAUACGCCGGUACGACUCAUGCUCAAGGCUCUGCACAUUCGCGUGUUGCUCUGGAACCUCGGCCAGACGAGGUUUGUGCCUGCCAACAUGAUUGCCGCCAAAAUCGCUCGGUCUAGAUGGAAUAGCGCUCGUCAGCUCAACCAGCUUCUCCUCCAGCUUCGAACGGACCCUACGAAACCACACGAGGAUGAGCUUCCUGAGCACCUCGUCGCUCUAGUGGAACGUGACUGUGAUGAGGUCCUCACUGACGCCGUUGUGCACCGCGCAUACAACCUCGCCUUUCACAAGGAUACCACCGAUGGAGCAGUCCCUAAAAUUGAUGGCAUGGACUCUGUUGUAUACGAUAUUUACGUUGGUACCCCCCUGGAUGCGGCUGCCGCUUGGUGUUCUACCUGCCUCCUGCACGAUGUUCUCACCGAAGCCCUCGACACAAAAAAGGUCAACAAAGAGGACCUCGAUACGGCUCUCAACGUCGCCCCGCCAGGCUCCAUCGCCAAGCUACGCGCCUCUCUGGCCUGCGCCACUCUCGUCGACGAGUCUCGUGGGGCCAGCAUUGCCUCGUCUCUGACUCUGCUAGGGACUGAGCGCCAGGAGACCCCAAAACACGAAGCCAAGGUCGUCAUUGGCUCGAGCAUCCACGCAUCAAACCCCGACUUGCUACUGACCCUGCGAAGUGCCGUGGCCCUCGGCCAGCUCUCGCGCGGGCAGGACGCUGCAGUGUCGCCAUGCAAGAGCCUCCGUGUCAUUGAGGCUUCACUCCGUCCCGUCAUGGCUUCGACCAUGACACUUCUCGGCUUCACGGCCGUCAUGACGCUACUCGAACGAGUCAUGGCUCAGCGCCGCGGCGAAGAUGACGCUGUGGAUGCCUCACUGGAGAAGCUCGCGGCCACCCUCCGCGUGUGGAUUGGUGGCCCCUGCGGCUCCAAUGCUGGCAUCGACGCCGACACCCGCGCCAAGGUUGUUGAGCGUUGCCUCACCAUCACCAAGAGCCUCGUCGGCAUGGAUGUCGACACGGGCUACGGAACACUUACCGAUGUCAGCGAUGAUGACUCCGGCUAG